AUGCCACAAACCCACGAUCGCCCUUCGCUAAACCCAACCGUCGAGGAGGAAAAUGAUGCGCUCCAUGCAGAACCCCGUUCGACCGAAAGUACCGCCCCGCGCAAUCGAAUAUCAUGGCCGGAGAUCUGCGCCCAGCAUGAAUCGGUUCUGUCGUCACAUCUGGAAAUGUUGAAGGUGGUGCAACAUAAUGUGUCUAAUGAUGACGCGUUGCAAAUGGUUGCUGGGAUGAUUGAGAAGACGAAUAGAUUGGUGACGCAGUUUCGCGUGGUGAAGAAACAAUUCGUUAAUUUCGAGUACGUAUUGUGUGCUGAAGAAUCGUUGCUACCGUUGCAUGAAGGUAACCCUGUGACAGAACCAGGAAAUUUUCGAGAGUCUUCAGAAAAACCAACUGCGACAUCGAAUGAAUACCGGACGACGUCUACGUCAUCUAGCCGCGACUCGUCAAAACGACGACGCAGUCAUUCAAAGGAACGGAGGAAACGGCCCCGGGUGGACACUGACAGUAUGGAGGUGGAGAACGAAAGUACAGAUACCAUGCCUGUCGGAGCAGUGCAGUAUCAGAAGCGCAAGCGACUGGACAUGAUGAUGCCAGGUGACGAUGAAGAUGUGAGGAAUGUAACGCCGGUGGCUCUGGAAACAGAGGACAUCUCCGAAGAAGUCCAGCGUCGACUGGAAAUCAAAGAAGAGCAAAGAAGGAAAAGGAGCUCUAAGCCGGAGAAGAGAAAACGGGACAGUAUGGCGUCAACAGGUAGCACUUCUUCCCCCGGCGGUAUUGCAAAACCGAAGAAAAAGACCAAAACCGAGAGGCCUCAGGACGGUAUUAUUGAUGUACCAUGGGACACUGGUCGCAAGAAGAAAUUUUUGAAGGCAUUUGACUCUGAACAGGGGUCUGACGUCGGUUCUUUGGAAGAACAACGAAGAACAAAGCGCCAGAAGCGCAAGUCCGGGACUCCUCCUGUCCUGUGA